AUGGCGCCUGCCUCAGCUUUGCUCCUCUGCCUGCUGGUCCUGGCCAUCACUGACGGUUAUGGUCAGGAGACAGCCAUCCCAGGCUGCCACUUGCACCCCUUCAAUGUGACAGUGCGAAGUGACCGUCAUGGCACUUGCCAGGGCUCCCAUGUGGCACAGGCCUGCGUGGGCCACUGUGAGUCUAGUGCCUUCCCUUCCCGGUACUCUGUGCUGGUGGCCAGCAGCUAUAGACACAACAUCACCUCUGUCUCUCAGUGCUGCACUAUCAGUGGCCUAAAGAAGGUGAAGGUGUGGCUGCACUGUGUGGGGGACCGGCGAGGGGAACUUGAGAUAUUCACGGCCAAGGCUUGCCAGUGUGAUAUGUGUCGCCUCUCACGCUACUAG